AUGACCAACUCCAAUUCUGCCCGAUUCAUCAUGAACGAUCGUCCUGUAUUCCGGGGGAUCUCUAGUGUCAGGCAAGCGUCUCCGUUACGCGAUGAGCUCAACCCAGCAUAUUUCCUCGAUCCCCGCGACGGCAUUCCGGAGAUGAUCUACACAGAUGCCACUUCUACGGGUGCAGUUCACGGCAGCAGUGACGCUGGUGACGAGUUCAACAUGCGCCCUCGCAGCAUUUCGAACUUGGUUGCCAGGCUGACUGAAGCUUCAUCCGGCGGUCGCAAUUACACCGAGGUCGACUACACUACCUCUGGAAUCCCAGAUGCGCCUGACUACUACCAGGAGGCUGAGGCUGAUGCGGCUUCUGACCAGUCCAGUCCGAUGCCACUGCCCAUUUCCAACCUGGAUAUGGGUGAGCGCGGGUACGAUCGCGCCCCCGAUACUGGCGAGAUCUCAAGUAUCGACUCCAACCGUGUAGCGUUCAGUGACGAUGGCGAAGGCGAGGGGGACACCGCGUCCUUCGAAGAGCUUAUCGACCGCAUCUCUUCCUCGUUUUCUCCUCCUCAGUCUUCACCACUCGAAGCGCUCUGCGAUAUUCCUGUGACGGAGGGACCUGACCAGCGCCACCUCGACCUCGGAAGCGCGCUGCACCAGCCAGAUCUGGGCCUUAACACUCACUCAUUCAAGCCCAAGCACCACUACCCACCAUCCACGACCGCCGCCAAUACUGCUGAGGAGUACAAGCCCAAGACGCGCAAGGCCACUUUCGAGCAACGCCGUGACCGCGUACUUGCAGAUACUAGGCGCGAGUACCCGACAUCCGUCACUCUCGACCGCACCCAGUCGCUCGAAAUCAGGCUCUACCAAGUCAUAUCCACCCUGCUCACUCCACCACCCGGCUACUACAAUCCCUUGGACAACACAUACACGCUAGAUUUGGACUGGGCGAUGGAUGUGAUCGGGCCUUUAGAGUUCGCGGAUUCUCUAUUGAUGCGUAAAGUCCUGCAUCCUGGGUCGGUGUUCUGCCAGCAGGUGGCUGUUGAUGCUGGAAUGCCCAAGAGAAUUGCGGCGUGGCUGAGUGGAUCGCCGUCAAUGCAAGUUCAUAGGUUUCCAGCCGAGAUCUUCAGGGUUGCACGUUCACCAGGUGUUUUAGCAGCUUCGCACUCCGGUUGGGCUAUUCACUGGUAG